AUGCCUCAACUCGUAGUUGCACUUCUUUUCUCCUUUGUCUGUUGUUCUUUAGCUGGACCAGCAAUCGUUCCAGCAGCUUUUCCAGGACAAGUUCCAGUUCUAGCAGCUCAAGAACCACCAAAACCCUACGAAUACGGAUAUGAGUUUGGAGAUGGUUUGGGCAUGACACAACAUCGUCGUGAAGUUGCUGAUGGUACUGGAAUAGUCAAGGGUAACUAUGGAUACCUGGAUCCCCUUGGAGUCUACAGGAGAGUUGAGUAUACUGCUGGAGGUGAAGGAUACAAGGCUGUCAUCUAUAGCAAUGAACCAGGACUCUCAAGCCAUGCUGCUGGUGAUGCUCUUUACGUAGUGGAACUACCACCUCCCGCUAUAGUAGCACAGGGUCUCAAUGCUGCAGCACCUGUGCCAUCAGUUAAUUAUGUAUAA